CUGGCGGUCGCUUUCGCCGGGCUCCAGCUGCGUCCCGCCGCCCCUCUCCCCUCACACGCUCGCAGGCAGGGGCCGAGCGCGCUUCACCCGCAGCCUGUUGCCGGGACCUUGGCGGCGGCUGGUGCCCGGGGAUAGAUCAGCCUUCGGCGGGGGCUGCGUGGACGCACUGCCCGGACGCACUCGCACUCCAGGGCUCUGCAGAUGAACCUAUGACUGACUCAUAAUCUCAGAACUGCAGCGCCCGGUGAAAUAGGAAGAAACUAUCUUAAAGCAUGGACACCAGUAAGAAGACAGACCCCCCUUUAUCUGUAGAAAUGGUACAACAAAGAGCCAAUCCUGAUCGCAGUCCUUCAGCAUCAAUUUAUGUUCCAGAGCAAGGUGGCUACAAAGAGAAAUUUGUAAAUGCUGUGGAAGAUAAGUACAAAUGUGAAAAAUGUCGCCUCAUCUUAUGCAACCCUAAACAGACUGAAUGUGGACACAGAUUCUGUGAGACCUGCAUGAAUGCCUUGCUAAGUUCUUCUAGUCCAAAAUGUACAGCGUGUCAAGAAAGCAUAGUAAAAGAUAAGGUAUUUAAAGAUAAUUGUUGCAGGAGAGAACUACUCGCCCUUCAGAUAUACUGCAGAAAUGAAAACAAGGGCUGUAAAGAACAGCUGUCUUUGGGUCAGUUACUGAUGCAUUUGAAAACUGAUUGUCAGUUUGAAGAACUUUCAUGUCCUCGUGCUGAUUGCAAAGAAAAAAUACUGAGAAAAGAUUUGCCAGACCAUAUAGAAAAGACUUGUAAAUACCGGGAGACAACCUGUAAAUACUGUAAAAGCCAAGUCCCAAUGAUAAUGUUGCAGAAACAUGAAGAUACAGACUGCCCGUGUGUCAUGGUUUCAUGUCCUCAUAAAUGUAGUGUUAAAACACUCAUGAGGAGCGAGUUGAAUGCACAUUUGUCAGAAUGUAUUAAUGCCCCAAGUACCUGUAGUUUUAAGCGUUAUGGCUGCACUUUUCAGGGAACAAACCAACAAAUUAAAGCACAUGAAGCCAGCUCAGCAGUGCAGCAUGUUAACUUAUUGAAAGAGUGGAGCAAUGCUCUAGAAAAUAAGGUUGCCUUGCUCCAGAAUGAAAGUUUGGAAAAGAACAAGAGUAUACAAACUUUACAUAAUCAGAUUUGUAGCUUUGAAAUAGAAAUUGAAAGACAGAAGGAAAUGCUGCGGAAUAAUGAAUCUAAAAUACUUCAUUUACAGCGGGUGAUAGACAGUCAAGCAGAGAAACUGAAAGAACUGGACAAAGAAAUCCGUCCCUUCCGACAGAACUGGGAGGAGGCUGACAGCAUGAAGAGCAGUGUAGAAUCCCUCCAGAACAGGGUGACUGAGCUGGAAAGUGUUGAUAAAACAGCAGGGCAAGGAGCUCGAAAUACAAGCCUGCUAGAGACACAGCUGAGCAGACAUGAUCAGAUGCUGAGUGUUCAUGAUAUUCGGCUGGCUGACAUGGACCUCCGCUUCCAAGUGUUAGAAACCGCGAGUUACAAUGGAGUCUUAAUUUGGAAAAUUCGAGAUUAUAAACGUCGGAAGCAAGAGGCAGUCAUGGGGAAGACUCUGUCCUUGUACAGCCAACCCUUUUAUACUGGAUACUUUGGCUACAAGAUGUGUGCCAGAGUUUACCUUAACGGAGAUGGCAUGGGAAAGGGGACGCACUUGUCGCUGUUUUUUGUCAUCAUGCGUGGGGAAUACGAUGCGUUGCUUCCUUGGCCAUUCAAACAGAAAGUGACUCUCAUGCUCAUGGACCAGGGACCGUCUCGGCGCCACUUAGGAGAUGCUUUCAAGCCAGAUCCAAACAGCAGCAGUUUCAAGAAGCCAACUGGAGAAAUGAACAUUGCCUCUGGCUGCCCCGUCUUUGUGGCUCAAACUGUUCUGGAGAAUGGAACGUAUAUUAAAGAUGAUACUAUUUUUAUUAAAGUCAUAGUGGAUACAUCGGAUCUACCAGACCCCUGACAUACAAUGGGGGAGGCGGAUUAAACAGAAGACAACUCCUUUUGGGGUUUUUAUAUCAGUUUGUCUUCAAUCAGAGGUCCUAAAGCUCACAGAACCACCUUGUGGAACAGAUGGAAGAGUUUGAAGGCAUAACUGCAUAGGGUCCAAUUGCGAAAGUAGCAACACAUUAAGAAAUCAUACCAUGGUAUAUUUUUUAAUAGAACUAGCAACACUUAAGCUCUGAGGAAUCACUUAUCCCUCAUGAGGAUAAUGAUUUUGUUCAGAGAAGAUUUUUUUUUUUUAACUUAUUAAUGAUCUAGUCAAUUGGAGGUGAAAAGACAUACCGUAUGUGCUGAAUAAAUUACUGACUUUUAUUU